AUGGAAAAAGAUGGUAGAUUUCCAUUGGUGGCUGUAGCCAUUAGCAAGGAUAAAAGCAGCCAGAAUGCAUUGAAAUGGACUAUCGACAAUCUUAUUACUAAGGGGCAAACUCUAACGUUAGUACAUGUUAACACCCAUGAAUCAGGUUCUCAGCAAUAUGACCCAUCCAAUGGCUACAAAGGAGCCGUGGAACCUCAUAUGAAGGAGCUCUUCCUCCCGUUUCGCUGUUUCUGCACAAGAAAAGAUAUAAACUGCAAGGAUGUGGUCGUUGAAGACCAUGAUGUAGCAAAGGCAAUUGUAGAGUUCGUGUCCUAUGCAGCAAUUGAGAAGCUUGUUCUCGGAGCUCCAUCCCGCAAUGGACUAAUGAGAAGACUUAGAGGCUCGGAUAUCACCACCAACAUUUCCAAGGGGGCGCCAGAUUUCUGUACGGUUUAUGUUAUCUCGAAGGGAAAGAUACAGUCAGUGCGGAGUUCAGUUAGGCCAGCUCCUAUACUUUCACCACUCAGAGCUCAAAUACAGAACCAGGCUAAUAUCAAGCCAGAUCCUAUAGAUCAUCAUCAACAUGAAUCAGGAGUCAAAGCGGGCAAUGAUUGUAACGUCCUUACUCUCUGCAGAUCACCAUUUACAAGAGGAUUCCAUGGGAAGUCAUAUGCAGAUCACUCACAAACUGAGACAGACAUAUCCGUUGUCAGCUUAGGGAGGCCAAGCACUGACAGAGCAUUUCUACCAAGGCUUACCAAUUAUUCAAAUGACCAUGACCACAGCUUUGAAUCAGUUCCAGUGCGCUCUGUGGAUUCAUACUACUUUGGAAAUGAAUUCUCUUCCAACUCGGGGGCUGGCAGCACUACAUCAUGGUCAUCUCAAAACAUGGAUGAUGUAGAGGCUGAAAUGAAGAGACUAAGGCUGGAGCUUAAGCAAACCAUGGAAAUGUACAACACUGCCUGCAAAGAAGCACUCAUGGCAAAGCAGAAAGCCCAUGAUCUCGACCGAUGGAAGAUAGAAGAGGAGCACAAACUGGAAGAAGCUCGCUUGGCAGAGGAGUCAGCUCUGGCCCUCGUAGAGAGGGAAAAGGCAAAAUGUAAAGCAGCCAUGGAGACUGCUCAUGCACAGCAGAAGAUAGCAGAGUUAGAAGCACAGAAGAGAAGAAAAAUAGAGAUGGAGGCUUUCAAAGAGGCAGAGGAGAGGAAGAAUGCACUGGAUACCUUUGUUCCAACUGUCAGGUAUCGUAGGUACACAAUAGAGGAGAUCGAGGUGGCUACAAAACACUUUUCUGAAAGCCUUAAAAUUGGUGAGGGUGGCUAUGGUCCGGUAUACAGAUGUUAUCUAGAUCACACGCCAAUUGCAGUUAAGGUGCUACGACCAGAUGCAGCACGAGGAAUAAUACAGUUUCAGCAAGAGCACAAGAAAGCCUUUCUCAGUGCCUCUCAUUUACAGGUAGAAGUGCUGAGCUGCAUACGGCAUCCACACAUUGUCUUACUACUAGGUGCUUGUCCAGAGUAUGGAUGUCUAGUUUAUGAGUACAUGAAAAAUGGUAGUUUGGAUGAUCGCCUAUUUAGAAGAAGAAACACUAAACCAAUCCCCUGGCAACACCGAUUCCGCAUUGCUGCAGAGAUUGCCACAGGCCUACUUUUCUUGCAUCAAACAAAGCCUGAGCCAUUGGUACACCGAGACUUGAAGCCAAGCAACAUCCUCCUUGAUCAAAACUAUGUGAGCAAAAUUGGUGAUGUAGGGCUUGCUCGCCUGAUUCCUCCUUCAGUUGCUAACAGGGUCACACAAUACCGGAUGACUUCUGCUGCAGGAACUUUCUGCUAUAUAGAUCCCGAAUACCAGCAGACAGGCAUGUUGGGAGUCAAAUCUGACAUCUACUCUCUUGGAAUCAUUCUGCUCCAGAUCAUCACUGCAAAACCAGCUAUGGGGUUAGCAAACCAUGUUAGUGGUGCAAUUGAGAACGAGACCUUCCUGGAGUUACUGGAUGCAACAGUUACAGACUGGCCAAUUGAGGAAACCAUGAAAUUUGCUGAGAUAGCACUGAAGUGUGCAGCGCUCCUAUGGAAGGACCGGCCAGACCUUGCCACAGAGGUACUACCAGAGCUCAAUAGGCUAAGAUCUCUUGGAGAAGAAAAUAUGCAGUACUGUACACUAAAGAACACAUAUAAAUCGCCAAUGAACAAUCAAGUUUCCAUACAGGAUACCAUGGAUGACCCCCACAUGUUGCAAAGUUGAUAAGGAAGCCAAGGAAAAAGU